ACGGCGCCUAACUCGACCGCGCGCAGCCCCGGGGGCCUCGGGGGUCGGCCCCGAGGAUGGGGGUGCUCAGGGCGGGGCUGUGCCCGGGCCUCACCCAGGACAUGAUCCAGCUGCUGAGGGGCAUCGGCAUCAGGACAGUGGUGGACCUCGUCUCUGCAGACCUGGAAGAAGUAUCUCGGAAAUGUUCCUUGUCUUAUAAGGCCUUAGUUGCUGUGAGGAGGGUGUUGCUGGCUCAGUUCUCGUCUUUCCCCUUCAACGGUGCUGAUCUCUAUGAAGAGCUCAAGACCUCCACGGCUAUCUUGGCUACGGGCAUUGCCAGCCUGGAUAAGCUGCUGGACUCUGGCCUCUACACUGGAGAAGUCACAGAAAUCACCGGAGCCCCAGCCAGUGGCAAAACCCAGGUGUGCCUCUGCACAGCUGCCAAUGUGGCCUACAGCCUGGGUCAGAAUGUCCUGUACAUCGAUUCCACUGGAGGCCUGACAGCCUCGCGCCUCCUCCAGCUGCUGCAGGCCAGGACCGAGGAUGAAGAGGAGCAGGCAGGGGCUCUGCAGCGGAUCCACGUGGUACGGGUGUUUGACAUCUUCGAAAUGCUGAACACGUUACAGGAUCUCCGGGGUAGUAUCUCCCAGCAGGUGACCAGUGCUUCAGGGCCGGUAAAGAUAGUGGUGGUGGAUUCAGUCUCUGCAGUCAUCUCCCCUCUUCUGGGGGGCCAGCAUAGUGAGGGUUUGGCCUUAAUGAUGCAGCUCGCCCGAGAGCUCAAGACCCUGGCCCGGGAACUGGGAAUAGCCGUCUUGGUGACUAACCACGUGACUAGGGAGCGAGAGUCUGGGAAGCUCCGACCUGCCCUGGGACGAUCCUGGAGUUUUGUCCCCAGCACCCGAGUGUUCCUGGAAGCCCGGGGAGGGUCAGGAGCCCCACAUGGCUGCCGUGUGGCCUCUCUGACCAAGUCUCCACGACAGCCCACAGGAAUCCAGGAGCUAGUGGAAAUCGGAAGCUGUGGGACUGCAGAACAGAGCUCCUCCUUAGAAGGGAGCAAGCCUUAAUCAUAUCGCCUGUUUGGAACAUGAGGAGGGCUCAAAGGCUCCCAGUCACCCAGUUCCCAGGGAGGAAACUAGCAGUCACAAAGAAGACAGAGAAGGCAUGGGAUGGUCUGGAUAAGGUGCUGGCCUGGGUCCGAGGAAGGAAGACCUGAAUUCAAAUCCGACUUCUGAUGCUGUGAACAUGGGCAAGGGGCUUUACCUCUUUGGGCCUGUUUCCUCAUCUGUCCCUUCCCAUUCUAAAUCUAUGAUCUAUGCCCCCUGUAACCGCUGAAGUAAAAGGUAGCCUCAUCCUGAGGCUGGAGAGCCUGACUUGGGAAGGGAAGGGCAUCCCUGGCUGCGGUAAGACCUCAGCAUCAUUCCUUGUAGGAGAUAACUUGGAGCCGCAGGGGAGUGUGACAAUCGGCAGCUGAUACUCGAGCCUUACCUUGCUUGGGUUCUAUCAUUUCUCUCUGUCUCUGGGAGCCAUUGGCUGAAAUAAGCUCAUCUUUGGCAUCCUUGGAGAAGUGAACCAACAGUUAGAUACACGAUUCUUGCCAGCCAGGGUCAUGAUCGAUUGUUUAUAUCCCAUGUCACCUCCACUGUGCCUCAGUUUCCCCGAACUAUAAACCAGGGCUUUCACAUCACCAAGAGAGGAGUUGCUUCUAAAAUGCUACAGAUGGAAACCAUUCCUUCCCUUUGUCCCUGGCCUAAAUAACAAGAAAGAAAUCUAGUAAGUGGCGCCAACCCAAAGCCAUCUAAUUUCCCCUCAAUGAUAUGUGUAUCCUUUUCUCCCUGUGAGGUCCCAACAAGACCUCUUUCCUCCUUUCUCUUCUUCUGGCUGAUUUGAUUUCACACACCUGCAUGUGUCCCUGUGCUAAGGCACAGGUGAGAAACCUAGUUCUCUGUUGUCCCAGGGAUAUAAUUUAACAAGGAGAAUAGAUGUGAUCUGCUGCUGGUGAAUCCAGCCACCUGUUUAAUAUACAUGGUACCCUAGGGGGCCUGGUUCCCAGUUCAGAAUAACCAAAGGCGGUAAACCGUGGCUGUGUCCAUAAACGAGGAGAAUGAGUUCACCUGAGACAACCAGCUGGGAAAAUUGAUGCUGGUGUAAAUAAUACAUAGCCGAUCUCGUCCUUUAGAGCAGAUAUUCAUUGCUUGUAGCUCAGGGACCCACUAUAAUUACAUAUCUCUUUCUGCUAGCUUUACCCCAGCCUCCUGCCCUAUGGGUAUGAAAUCACCCCUCUGUCUGGCACCAGCAUCAGGGCCAUCGGUCUGAGACCUGGAACCAGGGAAGGAGCCCAGGACAAGAGAGAAGGGGAAAUAAAAGGCAAAUGGGAGAAUUUCUCAGCUGUAUUUACUGAUAGCAUCCUUUAUAGAGGGUCAUCCAUCUUGGUUAGAAAGCCCCAGGAGUGGUGGCAUGGGGGGAAAGGAGGGCAUCUGGAGAUAGCAAGGAUUGAGGAAAUGGAAGCAAGAGGUUCAGGAAUAGAGUGGGAUGGCCAGUCAGCCUUUAUAUGAGCUUACCGUGUGCUAGGCACCGUGCUUAGUGCAGAGGAUCGAAAAAUAAUGGGCAAAAAUAGAAACGCUGCCCUCAAGGAGCUUAAAGGCUUCAGGAAAAGGAGUCUUUCAGCCAGUCAGGAAUCACAUCUCUGCAGGUAAGCAGCAUAUGGUUUAUCCUUUGGUGCAGAGGUAUCAAAAUCAAAUAGAAAUGGAUCCCUUCAGAAAACCACAAAUUAACAUUAUGUUGUAUUUUUAUUUAUUUUAUGAAAUAUUUCCCAAUUAAUUUUAAUCUGGUCGGGGCUGUACUUUGACACCUCUGCUUUAGGGGGCUGUCAACCCACCCUGGGGGGAGAGAGGCUAUACUGGAGAAAAGAAAUUAAAUCAACAUGAUUCCUGAAUUCAAGGAAUUUUUCCACUUGGAGAGGAGAGGGUUGCUAUCCUGUACUAGACAAAAAUAAGUGCAUUCAUGGUUGAUUUUGCCAACUUUAUGUAGAUAGAUGCAGAAUAUAAAGUAAUUUUAGGAGGAGGUACGUAGCCAGAUGGUGUAACAUAGUACCUCUCAAACUUUUGAUCUCAGAACACCUUUAUGGUCUUAAAAAUUGCCGAGGAUAUCAAAAAGUUUUUUUUUUUUUAUGUAGGCUAUCUUUAUCAACAUUUGCCAUAUUAGAAAUUAAAACAAAAUGUUAAAAUAUUCAUUUUAAAAUAAUAAUAUAAACCCAUUACAUGCUA